AUGUCACGUAGUCAGGCCUUCGCCGUAAUCGAAGCUCGCCAGCGGCGCGAGGCGUUUAUGCGAGAUUUCAAGGCUUCACAGGCCUCGGACCUGCGGCAGAAGCUGAAUGUCGAGUGGGAAUUAAAGGGGAAUGAAAAGAUAUACCAGAAGGAGUUGUUCCGCGCGUUAGAUAAGGUGGAGGCCCAACACAACGACACGUUGGUUGAGCGUCGUCGACGUCUUGCCGAACUUCUCAGCGGGGAGCAGGCGCGAUAUGAGGAAAUGUUGGGGAGCCUCACCGAGACGGACGGGCAGCGGCGCGAGCGACUUAUCUGUAAGGCCAAAGAGCUUCGCGCGUUGCGCGAGGCGGAGAGGCGCGCGGAUAUCGCGAAGCGGACGGACCGUCUGUUUCGUGAAAGCAUUGACCAACUCCGCGAGGCGGAGAGUCGCCUGAAGGUCAUGCAGGUCUCGGAUGCGCGUUUUAGCCAGUUGGAGGAGGCGAAGAGAAAGCGCGAGAACGAGUCCGCGGAGGAUGCGUUCUUUUCUCAGCAGGCCCUAGAGGCUCAGCGGCUAGCCAUCGAGCGGUCCCAGCGGGAUCUCGAGGCUGUUUAUGUGAGUGGCGAAAAGUUGAAGCGCGAUCUUGCGGUUCAGGUGGAAGGCAACAAAAUGCGGAAGAGCCAAAAAGCCGAGGAGCAGCGGUGUGAGAACGCGGAGUUCAAGCGUCUCGUCCAUGAGGAACACCUGCAAGCGACGCAGAAGUCUGCAGCCCGCCGGCAG